AUGAAGAUUUCGAUACUGAAAAUAGUUGUAAAUGCUAUUCUAAUAGCGUCUGUUACAUCGUUAUCUGCGAAUGAUAUCAAAGAGAAAGUGCAAGAUGUCAACCAUUUGUUUGCUCAACAUGGCCCAACUAUUAAUGUGUUGCAAGCCUAUGAGGAUAUUAUCAGAAUGGUAAAAUCAUCUUCAGCAAGAGAUAGUUCAUUGCCCCAGUUAUAUUUUAAGAAAGCAAUUAUUGAGAUCAAUUUGAAUAAGAAUUUGCAAGCAAUUUCAGAUCUACGUGUUGUUUUGGAGUUGGAUCCUGCAAUGAAUCCAGCAAAAGAGAAAUUAAUUCAACUAUUGGUUGAACGUGGUGAUUUUGAAGUUUUGUCCAAAUAUAUUAAUAGAAAAGAUGAUGAAGGUAUAUAUGGUGUCAUUGACAACUAUAACCAAAACAUUGCAGUGGCAAAGAAGUUUUUGGAAGAACAGAAUUAUGAACAAUGUAUUGAAGCUUUAAAUACAAUCUUGAGUCAAAGUCCUUCAAAUUACGACAUUAAUGAAUUAUACUAUAAGGCAGCCCUUGGGAUUUAUCAAAAAGACCCAGCUUCACAGUUGAACUAUUUUGGAGAAUCGGUUCCAACAAGCAAAGUAAUUGUCCUGGUAAUGAAGAAUUUGGUUGAAAUAAGUCCCAUGGCAAAUCUCGACUACUUCGGAAUAUUGUCGCAAUUUUUAUUGUAUACAGAAGUUCAAUUUGAUGGUGCCAUGAAAGUUGCCAAAAAUUGUUUGAAAAUAGAUAAUGAAUUUAAAACAUGUGGUAAAUUAUCAAAGUUCUAUUCCAAGUUUCAAGAUUUUUUCAAAGUAUUAGAAGAGUAUUCAAUAAUACAAGGUCACUACUAUUUGAAUAGCAACGAUAAUGGACAAUUACAAAAUGAAGAGUUGGUGGAUCCUAAAAUCGAUUAUCAGUUUGUUCUCAAGUUCUUAUUCUCUGAUGAAUUGCAAGUAUCCAAAAUUGACAGACGUCAAUUACCAUCUAAUAUCAAAACCAACUUCCAAUACAUUGAAUUCAAAGCACAGGAAUUCCUUCAAGAAGUUGGGUUACCUUUUACAUUUAAGACUCUUUUUGUUGGUGACUUGCAUAAAUUGGUCUGUGAAGCCUAUGCAUUGACAGGCGAUUUAAAAACGGCAAAGAAGUAUUGUAAUCUAGUUUAUGAUUCUAAUGUCUUGUUUUUACCAAAGCACAUUCCUCAAAUUGAUAGUGCCUUAAAUAAGAAAAAGUUUACAGAAGCUGAGGAAAAAUUGAACAAAUUCAACAGUCAUGUUAAACAAACAAAACUUUUCAUUGAUAGAUGGAAUAGAGUUGAAGAUUAUCACCGUCAACAAAACCAGCAAAGACAACAACAAUAUUUCAAUCACCAGCAGCAACAACGUCAACAACAACAGCAACAUCAACAACAACAAUAUAGACCUCAUAGACAAGGUAAACCUGCCAAUGAUUAUUAUAAAGUUUUAGACAUACCAAGAGAUGCUGAUGAAAGAACUGUCAAGAAAGGAUAUAGAACACAAACUUUGAAAUAUCACCCUGAUAAAUAUAAAGGUAAUGACUUGACUCCUGACCAAAUUGAAAAGAAAAUGCAAGAAAUUAAUCAAGCUUAUGAAGUUUUGAGUGAUAAGGAAUUAAGGGAAAGAUACGAUAGAGGAGAUGAUCCAAAUGAUCCAAUGAACUCUGGACAAAGUCAACCACAAUGGCAAUCAGGAGGACAACCAAACUUUAAUUUCAAUUUCAAUGGUGGAGGACAUGAUUUCUUCCAACAAUUCUUUGGAGGUGGACAUGCUCGUAGCGGAGGACAAGGGUUUAAGUUUACACAAGGUAAUCCAUUUGGAAAUUCACAUCACAAAGUCAAGAUUAAAAAGAAUAAAAAGAAAAAGAGAAAUUAG